AGCGCGUCAUUUCCGGUGGGGGGAGGCCCGCGGCAGCCGCCGCCAUUUCGGGCGCUGCUGUGAGGCUGAGACCCUAGCCGGUCCGCUGGGCGGCGGGCGCCGGGGCUGGAGGGGCGCGCGCGGCGGCGGCGGCCCAGCGUGUAGGCGCGGAGGCGGCCAUGGCAGGCAACUUCGACUCGGAGGAGCGGAGUAGCUGGUACUGGGGGCGGCUGAGCCGGCAGGAGGCGGUGACGCUGUUGCAGGGCCAGCGGCACGGGGUGUUCCUGGUGCGGGACUCGAGCACCAGCCCCGGGGACUAUGUGCUCAGCGUCUCCGAGAACUCGCGCGUCUCCCACUACAUCAUCAACAGCAGCGGCCCGCGCCCGCCGGUGCCACCGUCGCCCGCCCAGCCUCCGCCCGGGGUGAGCCCCUCCAGACUCCGAAUAGGAGAUCAAGAGUUUGAUUCAUUGCCUGCUUUACUGGAAUUCUACAAAAUACACUAUUUGGACACUACAACAUUGAUAGAACCAGUUUCCAGACCCAGGCAGGGUAGUGGAGUGAUUCUCAGGCAAGAGGAGGCAGAGUAUGUGCGAGCCCUCUUUGACUUUAAUGGGAAUGAUGAAGAAGAUCUCCCCUUUAAGAAAGGAGACAUCCUGAGAAUCCGGGAUAAGCCUGAAGAGCAGUGGUGGAAUGCAGAGGACAGCGAAGGCAAGAGGGGGAUGAUUCCAGUCCCUUACGUCGAGAAGUAUAGACCUGCCUCCGCCUCAGUAUCGGCUCUGAUUGGAGCUCCCUGCUGAUAGCCUGGGAAAAGCCAUGGAAGAUGGUCCAAGUGCCUGGCCCCUGUCACCCACGUGGGAGACCUGGAGGAAGCUGCUGGCUCCUUCUUCAGCCUAGCUUGCCCAUGGCCGUUACAGCCCACUUGGGAAAUGAACCAGCAGAUAGAAGAUCUCUGUCUCUCUCUCCAACUCUGACUUUCAAAUAAAAAAUAAAUCUUAAAAAAAAGAGAUGAAAAGACUGACCUUAGCCUUGUGAUACGAAAUGCAUGUGUUGAGACUGAUCAGUAGAUUAAUCACUCCCUCAGUCUAUGUAUAUGUUUCAUAUAUAUGAACAUUUGACCUGCCAUAAAGCAAGAUCUACUUUAAAUUGAUAAAUUUAAGUCAUUUGGUGUUACAGUUGGGCCGGCCUCCGAGUUCCCAGGAGGUACCUAGGGAAGGAAGAAGCUCAAGAUGUGAGGCUCUGCGUUAUCCUCUCUUGCUUUAACUGAAGCGACUCUGUUUUAACUGUGAUACGUAUUGAGGUCUCUAUAAGAUUUUCACUGGGGGGCCGCUGCUGUGGCUUGGUAGGUUAAACCUCCACCUGAGGCACCAGCAUCCCAUAUCGGUGCCGGUUCCAGUCCAAGUUGCUCCUUUUCCAACCCAGCUCCCUGCUAAUGUGCCUGGGAAAGCAGGAAGAAGGUCCAAGUGCCUGAGCCCCCUGCAUCCACGUGGGAGACCUGGAAGAAGCUCUUGGCUCCUGGCUUUGGAUCAGCCCAGCUCUGGCCAUUGCAGCCAUGUGAGGAGUAAAACAACGAAUGGAAAACCUCUCUUUCUCUCUCUCCCUCUCUGUAACUCGGACUUUCAAAUAAAUAAAUAAAUCUUUUUUAAAAAUUCAAAUGAGAAAGGUUUCUUAAAGAAGUUUUUUCUUUGAAGAAAAACUUUAAAUAAAAUUUUAAAAGUGUUCAAGAGCUUCCUGCAUUCAUCUUACAGCAGGUGUUUCCUGCAUGUUGUAUUCAUUAUUCAAAAGACAGAGAGACAGAGAGCGAGACAAAGGCUUCUUCCUGCAGGUUCAUUGUAAAUGAUCACAACAGCUGGGGCCGUGCAAGGCCAGACCCAGGAGCCAGGAGCUUCAUCUGGAUCCCACGCUGGGUGACAGGAGCCAUCACCUGCUGCUUCCCAGGGUGUGCAUUACUGGGAAGCUAGGGCUGGAAGCAGAGACAGAACUAAACCAGCACCUCUGCUCUGGGACGUGGGGUCCGGAGCUGCAGCCUAACCCGCUGUUCCAGAACCCCCACCCUGGAAUAUAAGUUAUUAAAUAAUUUUUCUCUUCCCAUGCGCUAGGUUUCUCCAGAGAGGUGAAGAAUGUGGAAAGAAGGUAUUAACUUAACCACCAAAGUCUGGGCCUUCCUCUACCACCAUAGUUCAUAGGGUUGAUGGGUCAGCCGUGUUCUGAGGGAUAGAAUAGUGAAUGGGACACACACCAUCUGUUCCGUCCUGGUGUCUCCUGAUGAAGACAGACAUGAAAUAAGUGCAGAUAGUCUAGUGUUUUCAAAGGGAAAAUCUUUAAAGAUGCAGAGGCAUUUUUCAUAGUUUGAUCUUAGAUUCUUUUUGUUUUAUGGCUCCUUAGGAGUGAGUAUCAUCAUAAAUUGCUUUAUAGAUUGAUUUUAUUUAUUUGAUAGGCAGAGUUACAGAGUUGGAGAGAGAGAGAGAGCGCUUUAUCUGGCUGAAGCCAGGGGCCAGGAUCUCCAUCCAGGUCUGCCACGUGGGUAGCAGAGGCCCGAGUCAUGCGCCAUCUUCUGCUGCUUUCCAGAUGCAUUAGCAGGGAGCUGCAUCAGAAGAAGGGCCAGGACUCGAACUGUUGCUCAUGGGAUGCUGGUGUCUUAGGCCUCCACUGCUCCUCAACUCUGGCCCCAAGAUAAAUCUUGUAUAUGCAGGUGUUAAAUUAAUUUUAUACCUCUAUAAACUGUCCAGCCAGCUUUUCAUUAGUUGUGCUAAUUCAUCCUGGCAUUUUGCCUUUGAUAGAUAAGAGUUGAGAGUAACCUGGGAAAAUCUUGAAUAUUCUUGAGCCUAGGCCUGUUCAUGUUACACAUAGGGAUGGUGUGAACCUGCUUUGGGUCCUUGGUGAUACACAUCAAUGAUGACAUCAACUCCACAUUCCCCAUGUGGAACUCUUUGAAAUCUAAGGUUUGGCCUUAAAAAAAAAAUUGAUUUAUUUAUUUGAAAUAGUUACACAGAGGAAAGCCAGAGAGAGAGAGGUCUUCCAUCCAAUGGUUCAUUCCCAUGAAUGGGUGCAAUGGCCGGAGCUGUGCCAAUCUGAAGCCAGGAGCCAGGAGCUUCUUCCAGGUCUCCCAUGCAAGUGCAGGGGCCCAAGCACUUGGGCCAUCUUCCACUGCUUUCCCAGGCCACAGCAGAGAGCUGGAUCAGAAGAGGAGCACCGAGUCGAACUGGCACCCAUAUGGGAUGCAGGCGCUUCAGGCCAGGGCAUUAACACGCUGCUCCACAGCACCAGAGGUUUGGCCUUUCGUUAAAGAGGAGGGAGAAUGAGAUUGAAAAACAAGAGAAUAUGAGCCACAAGUCCUGGAUAUAUCCUGUUUAUCUUUUUCUGGAAUUGUAGCUGUAGAUUUUUAUACCGUUCAUUGAGACAGCUGACUGCUUUCCUUCUUUCUUCUGUUCUCUUUGGACAUCUUCAUUGCACAGCAUGAAUCUCAGUAGGGAGGAACUGUGGAAGUAGCAGAGUUAGGGCACUGAUUCUAGUCCCGGCUGCUCUUCUUCCAGUCCAGCUCUCUGCUGUGGCCUGGGAAAUCAAUAGAAGAUGGCCCAAGUGCUUAGAUCCCUUAACCCGCAUGGGAGACCAGGAAGAAGCUCCUGGCUCCUGGCUUCGGAUUGGCGCAGCUCCGGCUGUUGCAGCCAUUUGGAGAGUGAACCAGUGGAAGGAAGACCUCUCUCUCUUUCUCUCCCUUUCACUGUCUGUAACUCUACCUCACAAAUAAAAUAAAAUAUUAAAAAAAAAAAGCAGUUAGCUUUCAAAUGUUGAAGGCAAGCCCUUGGGCAUCUUCACAGAUGACUUGUUGAUUGUUUAUUUAUUGAUUUAUUUUCAUCUACUUGAAAAGCAGAGUGACCAAGAAAGAGAGAGAGACAUUCCUUGUGUUGGUUCGUGCUCCAAGUGGCUGUAACAGUGGGGGUUGGGCCAAGAGGAAACCAGGAGCCAGGAAUUCUAUCCUGGUUCUCCCAAAUGUGUGGCAGGGACUUAAGUACAUUAGCCAUCAUCUACUUCUGCACAGGCAUAUUGGCAGAGAGCUGGAUCAGAAGCAGAGUAGCCAGGACUCAAGACUGCACUCCAGUAUGAACUGUGGGUGUUCGAAGUGGUGGCCUAACUCUACUCCACAAGGCCUGCUCCCACAGAUGCUUUUUUAUUUUAUUUUAAGAGUUUUUUAAUUUGGAAGGUACAGUUAGAGAGGGGGAGAGAAGGAGAGAUUUCAUCUUCUGGGUCACUUCCCAAAUAGCUGCAAGUGGGCAGGGCUGGGCCAGACUGAAACCAGGAUCCUGGAGUUUGUUCUGGGUCUCCCACGUGGGUUCAAGGGCCCAAGGACCUGGGCCAUCUUCCGCUGCUUUUCCAGUUUCAUUAUCAGGAAGCUGGAUUGGAAGUGGAGCAGCCAGGACUUAAACUGACGCUAUUCAUAGGGAAUGCCAGCACUGCAGGCGGUGGCUUAACCUGCUACACCACAGUGCUGGCCCCAACAAUUCCAUUUAUUAAAAUGGUAUGAUUUAUGUAUCUAUAUCCUAAUAACAUCAAUAAAUGUAAUUUACUUCAAUGUUUAAUGAUUGUAAUAACUAAUGAGAUAUGUACCUCUGUUAGACACUAUAUGGUUUCUCAUACCUUGGGAUUGUAUUGGACAUUGUUACUUUCUUUUUUUGAAAGAUUUAAUUAAUUAAAAGAGUAACAGAGAGACAGAGAUCUUUCAUCUGUUGUUUCCCCAGAUGGUUGCAACAGCCAGGUCUGGACCAGGCUCAAGUCAGGAGCCAGAAACUCCAUCUAGGUCAUGGGUGGAUGGGGUCCAAAUACUUGGGCCAUUUCCAGUGCCUUCCCAAACAUGUUACUAGGGAGCUAUAUUGGAAGUGGAGCUGUCGGGACUUAAACCAGUGCUCUUCUAUGGGAUGCUCAUGUUGUAAGCAGUAGCUUAACUCUCUCUACCACUAUGUCAUCCCUUUUCCAGGAUACAGUGGGAUGCUUUUUCUGUUCACCUGAAAACCUACCAGUUAAAUCUCAGAUUUCUAUAGCUUUUUUUUCUUUUAAUUUUUAAAAAUUCAUUUUAUAGGCCUGCACCACGGCUCACUUGGCUAAUUCUCCACUUGCGGCACCAGCACUCCAGGUUCUAAUCCCGGCUGGGGCACUGGAUUCUGUCCCAGUUGCUCCUUUUCCAGUCCAGCUCUCUGCUGUGGCCCGGGAGUGCAGUGGAGGAUGGCCCAAGUGCUUGGACCCUGCACCCGCAUGGGAGACCGGGGGAAGCGCCUGGCUCCUGGCUUCGGAUCAGCACAGUGCGCCGGCCGUAGCAGCCAUUUGGGGGGUGAACCAACAGAAAAGGAAGACCUUUCUCUCUCUCUCUCUCACUCUCUCACUGUCUAAUUCUGCCUGUCCAAAAAGAAAAUUCAUUUUAUUUGUUUGAAAGGCAGAAAAGGAGAUCUCCCAUCUGCUGGUGCACUCCCCAUAUACCUGUGGUACCCAGACUGAGCUGAGGUGAAACCAGAAGCCAGGAACUCCAUCUGGUCUCCUCUUUGGGUGGCAGAGACCCAAGUACUGAGCCAUCUCCUGCUGCUUUCCAGAGUUUGCAUUAGCAGGAAGCUGGGAGUGGAGGUGGAGCCAGGACUCAAACCUAGACACUUUGAUAUGGGAUGUGGGCAUACCAAAUGAUGUCUUAACCACUACCCAAGCCUACCCCCAUAGCAUUUUUUGUUUUUUACAAUUUUAUUUAUUUAUUUGAGAAAUAGAGUUACAGAGAGAGAAAGAGAGGCAAGAGAGAGAGGCAGAGACAGAGAAAUGUCUUUCAUCCUCUGUUUCACUCCCCAAAUGACCACAACAGCUGGAGCUGAGCCGAUCCAAAGCCAGGAGCCAGGGCUUCUUCUGGGUCUCCCAUGCGGGUGCAGGGGCCCAAGCACUUGGCCCAUCUUGCCAGGCCAUAGCAGAGAGCUGGAUAGGAAGAAGAGCAGCUGAGACUAGAACUGGCACCCAUAUGGGAUGCCUUCACUGCAGGUGGAGGCUUAAUCCACUCUGCCACAGUGCUGGCCACACACACAUUCAUACACACCCAUUAGCAUUUUACCAUUACAAACUAUGUCUAUUUCAGUCUGUCUCUAAAAUUAAUCACUAAGGCUGAAUUACUCUCUCUUGUUACCACUUUAAAGUCUGUAGGUGGGAGCCAGCUUUGUGGUAUAGCAGGUUCAGGCACUACUUGCAGUACUGGCAUCUCAUAUACACACUAGGUCAAGUUCCUGCUGCUUCACUUUCAAUCCAGCUCCCUGUUAAUGUGCCCGGGAAAGCAGAAGAUAGUUCAAAUACUUGGGUCCUUGCCACCCAUAGUGGAGACCCUAAUGGAGUUCCAGGCUCCUGGCUUGGGACCAUUUGGGGAGUGACCCAGCAGCUGGAAUAAUCUCUUUCUGUAAUUGUCUUUCAAAUAAGUAAAUUAAAAACAAAAUGUAAAUGGCACCUAAAUAUUACCCAUUUCUUAGGUCAGAGGUCUGCAGACUUCUUUGUAAAGACCUUUCAAGGCCGUAUGGUGUCUGUCACAGUCACUCAACUCUGCUGUGGUACCAAGAAGGUCAUUUUAGAUAAAACAACAAAUGAGUGUGCUCUGUUCCAAUAAAACUUUGCCAAAACAACAAGCUAGGUGGGCUCACGGGCCGUGGUCUGGUGACCCUUGUCUUAGAUUGCUGUCGUUUCCUUCGCUUUUCCUUCCUUUACUAAAUGGUUUUGAAAAUGUUUAGAGAGAGAACCCUUGUACUGCUUCUCUGUGCUUGCUUUGGCCUGGCUGCAUGCAGUUGUGUGUGCCUCCCGCUCUGAGCUUGCUGGAAUCCCGCAGCAAGGCUGGGCCAAAGGAGUGCUGGCAGUGGUUGAUGUCUUUCCUGUCAGAAGGGACAGACUCUAGAAGAGCAGUCACCUGGGGCUAACCAGCAAAGGAGUGCCCACCGUCCCGUGGGCUUCUGGGUCGUGAAUUCCAGAACUUGCUGCCAUUUGCCCUCCACUUUCUUUCUCAAUAUCCUUGGAAGUCAGUGGUGAAGAUCAGCUGGUAAGUUUUGCUCCUGAAGUAAUUCUAGAUUGGAGUACAGGGUCAUGAUUGAGCUUGGAACUGUGCUGAGCUAGGGAGUAAAUCAGUGCUCAUUAAGUUCCUGGGAGCAGAGAAGCCCGAGUAACCUCCCUGAGUCGCCGUGACUCCGUGACUCUUGCGCAGCCUGCUCCCAGGCUGUGUUACCGGAGUGGGAGCUGAGGACCACACACGACACCACAGUAGUUCCCCGUCAGUCUCUUCGCGGGGUGGUGGUGAGGCCUGCCUCAUAAAAGCAAACUUAACUAUCCGGUGGUACUUUCAGUCCUUUAUGAAGUCUUUAUUGUUCACUGCAGAGUAGGAUUUUCCAUUCCUGCUUUUAAGGUGGAUUUUCAAAUCAGUAGUGUUAAGGACUGCUAUUGGCACUCAUUCUCUGAUUGGUACACUCACUUGUCUCUAAUGCUUGUCUUUUCUGGGGCAGGCAUUCUGCUUUGCUUUCUCUGUCGUUGAAGUAUACCAGGUUUCCUGUCGAGAUGGAUCCUGCUUACCUCUGCGGUCUGGGCUUAAGGAUUGCUCUGUAGUUAGUUGUUGCCUAGCAGGAGAGGAGCACUAAUUCUGUCUUUGUUUCUAAAUUCGAGAACGGCACUUAGCUUAGUGGAGCAAGCUGUUCUUAGACUGCCCUGUUUCCUCUACUCUUCCACUCUCCUCCUCCUCCAAGAGCUGACAGCCACCCUUUGUUGCAGGCAGUGAAGGCUAGCAUCCUGCUGCAUCAGCCCGGUCCCCGCGUCUGGUCGUGCAGCCUGUCAGAGAUGUUUGUUCCUGACUCUGGGGGUCACCGUGUGCUUUCAACGUUUCAGGAGAAAGACCCAUAGGGGUUCACUAUAUGGGAUUAUUUAAAUUUUUUUUGAAAGAUUUUAUUUAUUUGAGAGGUAGAGUUACAGAGAGACAAAGAGACAGAAAGAUCUUCCAUCUGCUGUUCACUCAGAUGGCUGCAAUGGUCAGAGCUGAGCUGAUCUGAAAUGAGGAACCAGGAGCCUCUUAAGGAUGUCCUGUGCAGGUGCAGGGACCCAAGCACCUGGACCAUCUUCCACUGCUCUCCCAGGCCAUAACAGAGAGCUGGAUCAGAAGAGGAGCAGCUGGGACUCAAACUGGCACACAUAUGGGAUGCUGGUGCCACAGGUGGAGGCUUAGCCCACUACAGCAUAACGUUGGCCCUAGAUUAUUUAAUUUAAAAAAUUUAUUUAUUUAUUUAUUUUUGUUUAUAUGAGAGGCAGAAGAAGAGAAACAGAGGAAGGCAGAGAUCUUCGAUUCACUGGUUUACUCCUUAAAUGCUUGCUACAGUCAGAGCUAGACCAGUCUAAAGCCAGGAGCCCUGAGGAAAAUCUAGGUCUCCCACAUGGGUGGCCCAAGCACUGCAGCCAUUACCUGCUGCCUCCCAGUGUGCAUAAUAGCAGGAAGCUGGAAUUGGAAAUAGAUGUGGGACUCAGAUCCAGGCACUCUGAUCUGGGAUGCUGGUGUCCCGUGCAGUAUCUCUGUACUUACUUAUAAUCUCUGAGGAUUAUUUAAUUUUAAUAAAGCCUUCCUUGAAGUAUUUGUAUUUCAAGGCCACUUGAGCAGGGUAGUUAGCCCAAUUGUCUGCUUUAUUUUAUACAUUUAACAAUCAUAGUAAUUUCUGUUUCAUUUUUAUUCAUUAUUUUUGCAAUAAGGAAAACAUACUUUUUUUUAAGAAGUAUAUACAAGUUUAGUAAUUAGAGCUUUUUUUAAAAAGAUUUAUUUAUUUAUUUGAAAGAGUUACACAGAGAGAAGGAGAGGCAGAAAGAGAAGUCUUCCAUCCGCUGGUUCACUCCCCAAUUGGCCACAAUGGCCAGAGCUGUGCCGAUCCAGGGCUAGGAGCUAGGAGCUUCUUCCAGGUCUCCCACACAGGUACAGGGGCCCAAGGACUUGGGUCAUCUUCCACUGCUUUCUCAGGCCAUAGCAGAGAGCUGGAUGGGAAGUGGAGCAGCCAGGACUCGAACUGGCACCCAUAUGGGAUUCCAGCGCUACAGGCGGCAGCUUUACUCGCUAUGCCACAAUGCCGGCCCCAGAAAACAUACUUUUUAAUUAAAUAAUAGUAAACCUUUCUGAGGUUUAAUUUAUAUUUAUAUAUAUAGAGAGGUAUAUAUAUUUAUAUAUUUGAGGUUUAAUUUAUAUACAUUUUUUGUUUUAGAGAAAAUUAAUUAACUUUGAAGAAGAACCCAAGAGUGCAAGCACUUAGACAUAGCUAUAGUUUAUGAGAUAUAAGAAUAUCCUCCACUUAAUACACUAAAACAAAGUAAAUCUUUGAGGACAGGUUUUACUAUUAACUCUCAUAAUCCAACUCUUUGAAGACAGAGGAAAUUAGUGCACAGUGACUCCUGUUGUUAAUCUAACAAUUAACACUCUUAGGUAUGACGUCAGUGAUCACCUGAGGCUCUUGACAUGAGCUGCCUAGGCUGUGGAAACCUUGUGAAUUCACAUACUCCUUCAGUAUUUAGACAAGGCCAUAAGCAAAGUGAAAGUUCUCCCUUGAGAGAAAAGUACAUCCUUCUUCAAUGACCACUUCUUUCCACUGGGGUCCUACCCACAGAGGUCUUUCAUGUAAUACACUUUGGUGGCAAAGCCUUUCUGACUUUUGGACCUCUUUACCAAGAACCUAAACAGUUAUUUUAAAAGUUUUUAAAAAAGAAAAGCUGGGGGCCGGCGCCGCGGCUCACUAGGCUAAUCCUCUGCCUUGCAGCGCUGGCACACCGGGUUUUAGUCCCGGUCGGGGCGCCGGAUUCUGUCCCGGUUGCCCCUCUUCCAGGCCAGCUCUCUGCUGUGGCCAGGGAGUGCAGUGGAGGAUGGCCCAGGUGCUUGUGCCCUGCACCCCAUGGGAGACCAGGAGAAGCACCUGGCUCCUGCCAUCGGAUCAGCACGGUGCGCCAGCCGCAGCGCGCUGGCCGCGGCGGCCAUUGGAGGGUGAACCAACGGCAAAGGAAGACCUUUCUCUCUGUCUCUCUCUCUCACUGUCCACUCUGCCUGUCAAAAAAAAAAAGAAAGAAAAGAAAAGCUGGGGCCAGUGCUGUGGCGUAGUGGAUAAAGCCGCUGCCUGUUGUACUGGCAUCC